AUGUUGGAGCCAGAUCCGGAACCUGAGGCCGGAUUAGGCCCAGUUAAAGACAGAUUCACUGAAGAGGUUGAGCUCAGAGGAAGGAAGCACUUCCUUUCCGCUAGGAGUAGCAGAAAUAGCGACAACAGUGCCAUUAGUAGCUUCAGUGCGGUGGUUAAAAUGUGGUCUCCCUGGGUAGAGUGGGUGGCCGAUGGGAUAACCGUGCAGAGAGUAACAAACAUCAACAGUGUGGCUGCGACGGUGACAAUAGGAGCACUGUUUGGUGGAAAGGGAGUUAUGAGCACCGUUGGGGCCUCCGGGAUUGCCAGGGCCACUGGGAUGACCAGAACGAGAUUUGUUGAAGAAAACAGUUCCCAGAAAAUGAAGAAGGGUCUCUCUUUUGUGCUGCUCAUCCUUCUCAUCCACCACAACCUUGUCAACGCCAACAACUGUGUCACAGAAGAUUGCCUCAUCGGCAACGAUUUGGAAUCAGAAUUCUCGUUUGGGUCUCACGUUGCAAGAAUGCUCUACGAUGUCAGCCAAUCUUUGACGGGCAAAACAGGCAACAAGAACAACCAAGCUGUAGAUUGUCCAACCAUGCAAGGUUACCGCAGCUGCGUGCCAUCCAAAAACGGUGGUGGCCCUAACAAAAACUGUGUUGACUACAAAAGGGAUUGCUAA